UGACGUCGGCAAAUGCUUUGGGUUCUUCAAUUCUGCAGAGGGGCGCCCGUCCGCCCUGCCCGAGAGAAGAGCGCCUUCGAGAACAACAAGCUAGAGUACGCCGCGGAAGGCUGCGAAACACAGGGACACCGGCGAGAAUACUGUACACUGAACAAUACCAACAACUUUGGGCAGAGGAGAACAAUAAUGCGCUACUGUCAUCCCCGGGGUUAGCGUGUCCGCACAGCUUUCACCGUGACAAGGAGGAAACGGUGGCGGGUACCAUCGGCACGUUUCGUUUCGAUCCCGUCUUCCUCACUCUAGUUCGUGUUUGGACAUGUCCUCCCUAAAUGUAGACGACGAUCAGAGAUGGGUGCCUACACACGUCCAGGUGACAGUUCUGCGGGGCAGGGGGUUGCGAGCCAAGGGCAAACACGGGACCAGCGACGUCUACACCAUUAUUCAGGUGGGGAAGGAGAAGUACUCGACUUGUGUGGUGGAAAAGACCACCUCUCCCGAAUGGAAAGAGGAAUGUUCUUUCGAGUUGUUACCGGGGGUGUUGGAGGAUGGGGGACGGAGCGCAUACCCCCCGGGGAGCAGCGAUGUGAUCCUCACGGUGAUGCACCGGGCGCUUAUCGGUCUGGAUGUGUUUCUCGGACAAGCUGUGAUCCCACUGGAUAAGGCCUUUCAGGACAAUAUAUGCAUGAGAAACGAGUGGUACAAGCUCAACUCCAAGACAGGGAAGAAGGAGAAGGAGAGAGGAGACAUCCAGGUCACCAUCCAGUUCACCCGCAACAACCUGACGGCCAGCAUGUACAACCUCUCCAUCAAGGACAAGCAGCGCUCCGCCUUUGGCAAGCUGAAGGACCGCAUGAGGGGCAAGAAGAGGAGCAGCGAGGAGGACUCCUCCUCCGCCGCCCUGCCCGCGGGCUACGGGACGCUGCGGACGCGUCUGCCCAGCGACGGCGGCGGCGAGGAGGAGUACGAGGACGACGAGGGAGGCGAGGGGCGCCGCAGCAAGAUGAGGAACUUCUUCCUGAGGGGGAAGCUGCGGAAGUCGUCGGACACGCGCUCCAGCACGUCGCUGGGCUCGGAGAGCAGCGAGUCGUCGUCACGCGGUGGCAGCCUCAGCCCCACGGCAGGCAUCAGCGUGGUGGUGUCAGACCUGUCUAACUCGCCCAGCAACAGCAGCAACCUGACCGACAACAGCCCUGAGCACACGGCCGGUACUUCGCCCCAGCUGUCGCCACACAAGUGCGACCUCAGCCAGGAGACCGGCGAGAUCUCCUUCCCCGUGCCGCCGCCGCCCGUCAACGGAAACCACGUGUACGACAGCCAAUCCCAGGUGGCGGUCUCGGAGGAAGGCUCCGUGUCUCUGCGGCCGCUGCAGAAGUCUCUUCCACUGUCUGUGUCGCUGCAGAACCUGCGUGCCCGGGCCGAGGCGCCGGGCGGGGGGCGGGCGGCGGAUGGCCGGCGCUGGUCGUUUGACAAGGCGGGCGAUGAAGAGAAGGCGGCCAUAGCAGCGGCGCUGGAGCUGGCGGGCGUGGCGCUGGGGGAGGAGGAGCGGCUCCUGGAGCGGGUUGCCGCCACCACCCUCGCCGCCGUGGAGGCCGACAGCCAGGGCAGGAAGCAGGGGAGGAACGUGUUCGCUCACAGGAGGGAGGAGUCUGCGGGAGAACAGAGCCGGGACGAGUCGGAGCAGGCCCGCGGCCCUGCCGAGGAGAAGCAGAAAGGCUGGUUCGGAUCAAAGGACUCCCACAGCAAACCCAGCCUGAUGGUGUCCACUAAACUAGAGCCCAGCUCAGAGUCCCCCACCACCCCACACCCUCCUGCCCCCUUGCUAACUCCUUCCUCUGUCUCCCUGGGGACCCUACGUCACACUAACCCCUUCUGCCCCUCACAGAGCCCCCCCACCCCCAUGUCCCCCUCCAACCCCUUCCUCCCCCUCCUGCAGUGUAACCCUUUCUACGAGGACAUUCUGGCUGACAAGGCUAUAAAUCCGGCUCUGCCCCCUCUGCCUUACCCCUCCAGCUCUACCCCUCGCCCCCCCCCACCGCCCCCCUCCUCCAGCCCCAGUAACCCUAACCCCACCCUGCUCGGAGAACGUCCCCUCACAGAGGGGCACUGCGGGAAGGAAGCUAGCGUCACAGUCAGGAAACGACCCCUCCCGCCGAUCCCGUCCGAGGACAACAACCUGACCGUCCAGAGAUCGUCCAAUCCCUUCUCCCCGUCUGGCAGGGCUGCGGUGGGACAGGAAGUCGUGUGGGACGACUCCUUCGAAGCUUUCGCUGCGAACAGGUUGAAGUCUCCAGAGGAAGCUGACAGGCACUGCGGCCCACAGGACACGGCGGGGACGCACACAACUCACCCUCUGCUGGACGCAGCGGCUGGACCCUGGACUAGAGACAGUCACACGCAUCACUCGCAUCUGAAUGUAAACUCUGCUCUCCACCCCUCCCCUACUGCCGGUGCCACUCUGAUGGCAUCCACAUCCUCCUCCUCACCUGAGGGAAACACCAAUCACAUGAAGCUCCUGCACACACAACAACAUGACAUGUCAGCUCACCUUAGCCCAGCCCAGAACGGCCUUGAAGCACACCUUGAUGGGUCAAAGACCACUAAUCCUGCUGCUACCUCACCUGAGCUGAUGUCAGGGUGUGAGACCAAGCAUAUUAUCCUCACUGCCAACACUGUUGAGAUGUCCACUAACGCACAUGAACAUCCCAACACACACCCAUCAUUCAGCUCCCCAAGCCCACGUGCAGGCCUGGAGUUGGAGCACAUAAAGGUCACCUCCAGCCCUGGUCCUGUAGGAGUAGACAGGCUGGUGGAGGAGGAGGUCACCUCCAGCCCUGGUCCUGUAGGAGUAGACAGGCUGGUGGAGGAGGAGGAGGAAAUCACCUCCAGCCCUGGUCCUGUAGGAGUAGACAGGCUGGUGGAGGAGGAGGUCAUCCCCAGCCCUGGUCCUGUAGGAGUAGACAGGCUGGUGGAGGAGGAGAUCACCUCCAGCCCUGGUCCUGUAGGAGUAGAUCCCACAUCUUCUGAGACAGGCUCUACAGCCCCAGUCUCCUUCGAGCCAAGGCUGGGGGUUCCAUCUCCACAGAGGCCUGGAGAGAAGAGAGAGAAGAACCCUAACCUAGAAAUGAAAGAUUCAGUUGCUGGUUCUGCAGAGGAUGCUAAGCUUUCCAUCUCCGUCACAACGGACGAUGUUGAGGCAAACGCUUCCGUUUCAGAUGAUGACCACUCUUUGACCACACCCUUGUUUUAUAUCAUGACCUCCUCCCCUGGCGACGGUGGCCCUCUGAAGUCAUCUCCUCUCAGCAUGGCCUCAGGGAUGCCCAGCGUUAUCCAGGGUCCUCCCAAACCAGCCAGGCUCUUCAGCAACUCCCUCAACACCAGCCAGAUAAGAACCAGUCCUAGCCAAGGCUUCGAUGGCGUGCUGUUAAACCCCAGAGUGCUUGACCUGAGCCCUGGCACUCCCAACAUUCUGUACGAGAGUGCUGACUCACAGCAGUACCAGUCCUGCCACUCCCAGCAGUCCUCCAGGGCCUCUAGCCUCUCAGGUGAGGGACACAGGAUGGAGACGCUUCCCCCAACACUCCCCUCCCAGAGUGGGGAGGAAGUUGACUGCGAGGUGGGGGCUUUGUCUUGGCCUGUUACUGGCUGCAAGAACACAGUUCCCUGGGAGCUGGAGGAAGAGGAGGAGCAGUCUGAGGGUUGUAGGGUGUCUGGUAACGUUCACAUCCAAUCGGAAGCAUCCAGUCUUGUCAGGAUGAGUGCGGAUGAGGAGAGAGACGCAGCUCUCCAACCACGUUUCCUGCUCGAGGACUGCCUUUCGGAACCUCAUCUAGAAACGCACUCCGGAGCACCCAGCGACGGGAGCCGCUCACCGCCCGGGGCUGAGAAGGAAGGAGGAAGGGGGACCCAGGCUGUCGGGUCAGGUGACCAGUGUUCAGAACACUCUCCUCUUCAGCCCGGGGCGCUCCAUCGCUCCCUCUCCGAGGGCACGGUCACGGCUGGUCUCCAGGAUCUGUCAUCCUCGUUCGGUAGCGACCCCGGCGUGAACCUGGACACCUCCUCUGUCCGACCUGACCCCUCCCUUCCUGCCUCUCCCAACCCCUGUCCUCUAACCGCCAGUAGCUCCACCUCAGCUCCUCCCUCCCUCCCUGUCCCUGCCACGCUGAGGUCAUCAGUCAGCCUGGCCCUGCCCACUGCCUGUGUCCCCGCUGCGAUUGGUGCACCGCAUGCUGCCAUGCUGCCCCCGGACACACAGCAGGCAGCCAAUCAGGAGAACAGCCCCCAUGCUGUGAAGCCCCUGAGCGUGCCGGCGGAGGAGAAAGGCCGCUCGGCGUUGGCCAGCGGCCUGGAGAAGCUUCGAUCCACCAUCCACCCGGGGAGGAGCGGACAGCUGGCCGGGCCGGAGCCAGAGAGGAGGAAGUCGCUGACAGAAGGGGCGGGGUCCUACUACCACCUGACCCACAGCGAGCUGGUGUCGCUGCUGCUGCGGCGGGAGGCGGAUCUUGAGAGGCAGAGGGCGGAGUUUGAGCGCCAGGGCACCCUGCUGGGGCGGAGGGAGGCGGAGCUGCGCCGGCUGAAGCCCCAGGUGAGAGACCUGGAGGACUACAUCGACACGCUGCUGGUCCGCAUCAUGGAGCAGACACCCACCCUGCUGCAAGUACGCACCAAGCUCAAGUGACCCUGGGCCGAGGACGGCACGGCGCCCCUGCACCCGCCGACUCCGACACCCCCACCGCGCCCAACGCCCAACAAUCACACACACACAAACACGGCUGUCUAGUCUUUUCACUGCUGUGCUGUCCUUUUUGAUCUAGAGAUUCCAGCAAUGAGAAAUGUGUCUUUGUGUUGGCAUGCUUUCCUGUGCUGGAACACGUCCGUGCUGAGUGGGUGGGUGGGUGGGUGGGGGAGUGGGUCCUCAGGUUGCUUCAGGUCAAAGCAGUUGGUGUUCAGCUGAAAGAGUUGGCUCAAGCGGCUUAAACAAAAAUCCUGAAUCCUCUUUGCGAUACUUAUGAUUGUAAAAACGAAUCACUUUGUCACAACUGUAAAGACAAACAAACGUUCCGUCGUGAGCAGCAACCGUUGAGUAGCUACAAACCAAAUGAAUGUUCUCCUCACGUCACUUGCAGUGGUGAAGGAAACGAUCCUGGGGGGCAGCAAGAUCCAGAAAGUGUUCUUAGCCAGCAAGCGAAUAGUUCGACUGUUGAUGCACGAAAGGUGUGCGUUUAUAUAUGUAUUUUUGGGCUUGUUUUCUUUUACGUCUUCCGACGGGCAUGCCUUGAUGACACGCCGCUGCCAGUCGUGCAGGCUCUGCUGGGGAGCUCACGCAGGGUUGGUUUUGCCACGACGACGACCCCCCGUGUCACAUCACCGUGUUGGGUCGGGGUUCAGCCUCUCCCAGCCCCCGCUUCUGCCUUGUGCUGUUUCUGAAGAACAUGCUCACAAACACGCUGGUACUAGACACCAUGUCUGUCACACCUGCCCCCCCCUCCUCUACCGGUCACCCCCGACUCCCUAACUGCCCCCUCUACCUCUCCCCCCCCCAACCCUACCUGCCACCGCCCCCCAACAUCUCCCUAAUGCUUCAGCUCAGGCACGCAUACUGCUUAGUGCUUUCAGGUGUGUUACAAAAGGGAUAUAUACCGUGUAUCUACAGCAUAUAUGUCGUACUGAAAUGCCAAACGCUGCCUUAUUUUGGGUUUUUGGUCAAUGUGAAUAGUUUUGUUUCAUUACAGCACUUCAUUGAAUGACGCAUCUUACUCCUGUGUCUGGGGGCUGCGUAUUUGUGAGAUGCUUUCUCAUUAUAUUAUUUUGAUAACUGCACCAAGUUCAGUGGUAAACAUACCAAUAGAAAAUGGGCUGAAAAUUCCUGUUAAAAAAUCCCAAGCCAAGCCUUGAAGAGUGUGGAGCAGACAUCCAGAGUCACUGUUCAGUAUUCAGAUAGGGAGUCACUGUCACAGCUUCUAGAUGUGUCCUUGCACCGCUCUACUGCAGCUCUGUUUGUGUCAGCAGAGCCGGAUUUCCCUGCCUGGUUGACAGCCUGGUUUAACAGCUGGGUUGACAGCCUGGUUUAACAGCUUGGUUGACAGCCUGGUUUAACAGCUGGGUUGACAGCCUGGGUUGACAGCACUGUCCACUGCUAUAAGACUGAGGGCGAAAUACAGAUUCUAAAACUUACAGCAAACAGAGUGAAAUGCCUCAUCUCAACGCUGCUGUCCAGUUGCAUCAUUGCGUGCUUAGUCGAUUAGAAAGACGUGCUAGAUGUGACUCGGAGCCAUGUCCUCCAUGUGUAGCUUGACUUCAGUAACUGACUGUAUUCUGUCUCGAUUGUGUAGCUGAAGGAUUGUGCUCAAAGGUUGGAAAGUUUACAAUUCGUAAUGCAAUUCUGUUUCACAAAUUUUGUAUAUUUAAUAAAGAAUAUUUUGUGUUUCUUGCUCA